ACAACUCGUUUUACAACAAUUGGAAUAAACGAAAUAAUAAGACGAAAACGCUAAUCGAUUCUUUAAGGAGGUUUUGAUAUUUUGUUAUUAACUUUAGUGAGUGUGGUGUCAUUAAAAUUUCGAUUACGAAGAAUUGGAAAUGCUAAGCGGGAAGAUCAUUCUGUGCGUAGUUUUAUUUGCUGCAUGGCAAAGGGCACAUUCAGCCAGCUUGCCUCUCCUACCGCCGAGAGUGGGUUACGACUAUGAAGUGGUCGAAGAAGGCGUCGAUCCACCAGUGCCCACAGAAUUGAAAGUUCGAGAAGGAGUUCCACCACCUCUUUGCGCGGGAAGAUGUGCGUCCCCGCCAGCUGGCCCAGUGUGUGCAUUGAACGCAGCGGGUACAGCGCGAACAUUUGCAACGCUCUGUGAAUUGGAAGCGGUGUCGUGUCGUGAAAGUACAUAUUACGCGGUCACAAGCCUGGGUGAAUGUUGACAUGAUAGAUAAUGAAGUUACAUCCGAUAACUUCGUCAACUGCAGUUGAAUUGUACUGCUUGCUUAAAGUUCUAUAAACAACUUUCCCUUAAAAUGAUAAAAAAAUUACACUUAAACCAUGUAG